UACAAAGAGAGUUUCCUCUCAUCCUCCAUCCUUUCACUACAAAAAAAAGAAAGAAAAGAAGUUAUAAACUAAGCUAAAGCUUCAUGUCUUCUCACAUGGAGCUCCUCCUCCUUCUUUCUCUUGCACUAAUAUCCCUCUUCUUAUUCUUCACUCUCAUCAAAUGUAGAAGAAGAAGAGCCAAACUUCCUCCGGGAACCUCCGGUUAUCCGUUUAUCGGCGAAACAUUCGCUUAUCUCAAACCUCACAAAGCCACCUCCAUAGGCCACUUCAUGAAGCAACACAUGUCAAGAUAUGGGAAGAUAUAUAGAUCGAAUCUUUUCGGUGAACCGACGAUAGUUUCUGCUGAUCCUGGGUUAAAUAGGUUCAUUCUUCAGAAUGAGGGGAGGUUGUUUGAGUGUAGCUAUCCAAAGAGCAUAGGAGGAAUACUUGGCAAGUGGUCUAUGUUAGUCUUGGUUGGAGAUAUGCAUAGAGACAUGAGAAUGAUCUCUCUUAACUUCAUGAGCAGUUUGAGACUUAGGUUGUUUCUUCUUCCAGAGGUUGAGAGGCACACUCUUUUAGUUCUUAAUUCUUGGAAAGAAGGCUCCUCUUUCUCAGCUCAAGAAGAAGCCAAGAAGUUUACUUUUAAUUUGAUGGCAAAGAACAUCAUGAGCAUGGAUCCAGGAGAAGCAGAAACUGAGAAGUUGAGAUUGGAGUACAUAACAUUCAUGAAAGGAGUGGUGUCUGCCCCUUUGAACUUUCCUGGAACUCCAUAUUGGAAAGCUUUGAAGUCGAGAUCGAGCAUUCUUAGUGUUAUCGAGCGGAAAAUGGACGAAAGAAUCAAGAUCAAGGCGAGCACCGACGAUGACGGUGAGGAUAAACCCGAAGAAGAUGAUUUACUUAGCUGGGCUUUGAAUAAUUCCAAUUUAUCAAAAGAACAGAUCCUUGAUCUUUUGCUUAGCUUGCUCUUUGCUGGCCAUGAAACUUCAUCCAUGGCCUUGACCUUAGCCAUCUUUUUCCUUGAAGGUUGUCCUAAAGCUGUUGAAGAACUAAGGGUUGAGCACCAUGAGAUUAAUAGAAAGAAGAAGGAAAGAGGAGAGAUUGGAUUGAACUGGGAUGACUACAAGCAAAUGGAGUUCAGCCAAUGUGUCAUUAAUGAAACACUGAGGCUUGGAAAUGUUGUCAAUUUUGUGCAUAGGAAGGCUCUUAAGGAUGUUCAAUAUAAAGGAUUUGAUAUUCCGAGUGGAUGGAAAGUGCUACCAGUGUUUGCUGCAGUGCACUUGGAUCCUUCAUUGUAUAGUGAUCCUCAAGAGUUUAAUCCAUGGAGAUGGCAGAAGAGCUCUUCAAGCACAAGUAAUACAAACAACUUCAUGCCAUACGGAGGAGGACCACGUUUGUGUGCAGGAUCAGAGCUUGCAAAGUUAGAAAUGGCAGUGUUUUUGCACCACCUUGUGUUGAACUAUCAAUGGACACUUGAUGAGCCUGAUUGUCCACUUGCUUAUCCUUAUAUUGAUUUCCCAAAAGGGUUGCCAAUUAAGGUGCAUAGAAUAUAACAUUAUUGAGAUAUAUCUUUGUUCAAAUUGAAGGUCAUUAAUGGUUGAUGAAAAUUAUUAAAAAAAAAAAAAAAUACAAGAGAAGUAGUAGUACCAAAAUUAUAUGACAAGCUUCAUUGUAGCUUGUGGCCAUUUAUGUAUACAUAGGCCAAAGAAUGAGUUCAAUUUAGUCUUCAAUGUAUACAUGUUAUUUGUGUUGAUUAUUAUAUGAUCAUGUUUCAAGCAAGGGAUAGAGAUGUACAUCUUGGAGAGCUGAUGGUGCUCCUAGUUUAGUUUGGUUUAGUUUUUUGUUUUUUUUCUUAUGAAAUGGUAUUUUCUUAUCUUGGUUUUGUUU